CGGCUUUCGUCUCCUAUCCUAUUUGCGAUUCCUGUGCUGAGCUGCCAUUAUUAUGAGAAAUGUGUUUAUGCUUUUUGUAAACAUAAAUACAAAAAACGACUAAUAUUUUUCACAGUAUUCACCAAUGAGCUAUGUGUUAUGGUUAGGAGAUAUUAGACAUGGGUUUGACCCAUUUUAUGUAUUUGUUUUUAGUAGGAUGGAUUACUUCAACAUUAUUUAUCAAAGCAGAAAAACACGACGGAAAUGAUUUAUGUAAUUCAACUACCGCGGAACGUGUAGAAUAUGAGUUUACAACGGAUAUAGUUCGAAGUGAGCAUAUAAUAACUUUCAAUGGAUAUUACACAAAAACAUCGCGGGAAAACUAUAUAGCUGCGGCAUUAAGAAAUGCUGGGAUAACAAAUUGGACUGUACUCCAACGUGUAAAUCCCGCAAAUGAAUUUCCAAGUGACUUUGAGGUUGUUGUAUUGAAUGACAAUGGGAGGGUUGCUCUUGACGCUCUUAAAGAUCAUCCAGCUGUUCGACGAGUUACAGCUCAACGACAAGUACAGCGCACUAUAAAAUAUAUUAAAGAGGAUGACUGUGACAAUCCUGGUUGCCUAUAUGGUGGUUGGAGGAACAAUCGGCAUCGUUCGCGCUCUUUACAUUCGUCUAGGAAAACACAAAAUAAUGAUGGAUAUUCAUCCCGCAAGUUGUUGAGGACUGUACCUCGUCAAAUCACAUCAGUUCUAAAAGCCGAUGUGCUGUGGUCCCUUGGAGUUACAGGCGAAGGUAUAAAAGUGGCGGUAUUCGACACGGGUCUAUCGCGCAAUCAUCCCCACUUUGGACGUAUCCGGGAAAGGACCGAUUGGACGGGGGAGAAGACCCUGGACGACGCGCUCGGACAUGGGACCUUCGUGGCCGGGGUCAUUGCGUCCAAGGCGGAUUGCCUGGGAUUCGCCCCGGACGCCGAGUUGCAUAUAUUUCGUGUAUUUACAGAUAAUCAGGUGUCAUACACAUCGUGGUUUUUGGACGCGUUCAACUAUGCUAUAAUGAAAAAGAUAGAUGUCCUGAAUCUAAGCAUCGGGGGACCUGAUUUUAUGGACCAUCCAUUUGUAGAUAAAGUAUGGGAACUCACCGCUAAUAAGGUGAUAAUGGUAUCGGCGAUUGGUAACGAUGGGCCUUUAUAUGGUACCCUGAACAACCCAGCGGAUCAAAUGGACGUCAUCGGAGUGGGGGGUAUCGGGUUCGAUGAUCGGAUUGCGAAGUUCUCGUCGAGGGGCAUGACGACCUGGGAACUGCCUCAUGGUUAUGGGCGAAUGAAACCUGACAUAGUAACGUAUGGCAGUGGAGUUAGAGGCUCCAGCGUGAACGGAGGAUGCCGAUCUCUCAGUGGCACAUCAGUAGCCUCUCCAGUAGUGGCCGGUGCGAUAGCGUUGCUCGCUAGUGGUGUCCCGCGGCAGAACUUGACACCGGCCUCUGUGAAACAGGCGCUUUGUAUCACCGCCAGGCGACUGCAAGGACCUAACAUGUUCGAACAGGGACACGGGAAAUUGGACCUUAUCAGCGCUUAUCAGUUCCUGCGAGAAUACGUGCCGCAAGCGAGUCUCAGCCCGCCGUACAUAGACCUGACGGAAUGCCAGUACAUGUGGCCGUACUGUACGCAACCGCUGUACUACAGCGCACAACCAACUAUCGCCAAUGUCACUAUAAUAAACGGACUCGGAGUAGCUGGGGAUGUGAAACAAGUGAGUUGGCAUCCUCAUCUGCCCAACGGACCAAUGCUGUCAGUGUCUGUGGACUACAUUGAUAUCAUCUGGCCAUACUCCGGCUGGCUCGCUCUGAGGUUCAACGUGUUGGAGAGCGGCGCUGAUUUUGAUGGUGUUGUUGAGGGACAUGUCAAUAUAACUGUGGAGAGCUUCGACGAGUCGUUCCGUCAGAAGACAAGAAACACAACACUCAUGCUGCCUAUACGCGCGCGCAUCAUACCGGUGCCGGUGCGAUCCCGGCGGCUGCUGUGGGACCAGUUCCACAGCCUGCGCUACCCGGGCGGUUACUUCCCGCGCGACGACCUGCGCGCCAAGCACGACCCGCUCGACUGGCACGCGGACCACAUACACACCAACUUCCGCGACAUGUACCGCCGGCUGCGCGAGCACGGCUACUACGUGGAGGUCAUGGGUUCUCCGCUAACCUGCAUCAACACGUCGUUAUACGGCGCUCUCAUGCUAGUGGAUCCAGAAGACGAGUAUUUUCCUGAAGAAAUGGCCGCACUCAAGAAAGCUGUCGAUACGGGACUGUCUCUUAUCGUCUUCGCUGAUUGGUACAAUGCGUCUUUACUAAGACACGUGAAGUUUUAUGACGAAAACACGCGGCAAUGGUGGAUUCCUGAAACUGGUGGAUCGAAUGUACCAGCUUUAAACGACUUGCUGAGCAUUUUUCAGGUGGCAUUAGGUGACCGCGUGUUUGAAGGCACGUUCAAGCUGGGCGGACACGCGAUGUACUACGCGAGUGGUACGCACAUACACAGCUUCCCAGAACACGGCGUGCUGGUGAACGCCAGGCUCGUGGACCAGGGGCAGCAGAUAAUGUCCGGAGGCAAAGCAAGCGGGCACAGCGGGGCCAACGUGCCGACAGUGGAUGUGCCCAUCUUGGGCCUGUUGCAAACAGACGGUGAAACUAAAGAUUACGCUAACGAUACUAUGGAUAAAAUUCCAAAGGCCGGUCGACUAGUGGUAUACGGCGACUCGUCUUGCCUUGAGAGUGGGUCGGCUCGGCCGUGCCACUGGCUGCUAUUGGCCGCGUUGCAAUACGCCCUCGGAGGACAUGUACCCUCCUCGCUGCAGGACGCCGCGGCGUCUAGGCAGCAUCGAGACGUUCAUAUUAUACCUUCGGAGCUGCCGCGUCGCUCGGAGGGCGGGCGGCUGCACGCGUACUCGCGCGUGCUGUCCGCGGACGGCGCGGCGCGGCCGCUGCCCGCGUGCGCGGCGCCCGCCGCGCUGCCCGCCGCGCCGGUGCACGCGCCGCCCGCCGCGCGGACCCUCGCGCCGAAGCACCAGCCCACCGACCCGAGGACCAUUGGUAUGUACGGCGGCAAGCUGUCAGAUCACGCGCUAGACCCGCGCUCGGCUGCUGCUUGGAAACCUUCGCGCCGGGCCACCAGCCCGCCGACCCCAGGACCAUUGGUGCACCAGAAACUGAAGGUACAGAGCCGGCUCCGCGUGCCUGGAGAGGCGCCGGUGUUGCUCCGAAGACCCACAGCCCCGACCACGAAGGUUCCACCUUCAGCUCCAAAGCCCUCACCGUCCUCGCCAUAGCAGCCAUCAUAUACUGCAUCAUCAUCUUCUGGAAACGCUACGGCCGCAAGAUGAAGAGACGCAAGCUCAUCUCGCUGGCCACCUGAAAACGGCUUAAAUGGAGAUUCUCCAUUUUAUACCGUAUGAAAUGCAACAAGUAUUGGUGAUAUUUGCCUAAAACGGACUAGCGUCUGAACUUCCACAGACGGUGUACGGAGUGUAAAAAAACCAAAUGAGGUUUUAGGGAGUGAUAGUGAGUUUAUGGGGACUAUUGAGAGUGUAUGAUACAUUAUUUCGAUUGGCAAUAUAGAUAAGGAAGGAUAAACUUUUAGAAAAAUUAUUUAACAUUUCUCUUUGUAUAUUGUUAGAGCGAAAUAAACACGUUGACUGACUGAUACGGGAUAAGUGAAUAAAUUAAAGGCAUUUUGUUAAGCUAUUUGAAUAUUUAUUGUGGAAAUGAACGAUGGUAUUGUCACUGAUAUGAAUGUAAAAUAGGGCCCACUUAUCUGUUGAUAAUAUAUGAAAUUUUAUUAGUGAUAGUAUAGGAUACGUCGUACGUACUCGAGACAAUAUUGAACGGUCUAAUACACAAACAAAUGGUUUAAUAUUGAUAUUUCUAUAAAAAUAAAAUACUGUGAAUCUUUUAUGUAAAUAAAUGUGUCCAUUAUGCAAUCGCCUUAUAUAUUGAUGUUUAAGUACUACAAGAUAAUGUAAAAUGUUUGUGGGAAACUUUAGUGUAACGAAAUUACUAUAGGUGACGAAUUUAUACAAGAGAAAAACAAAUAGCUUUUUUCUCAAGUGGACCUUAGAUAGCAAAUACAUAUUUUUCAAGAAUUAAUAAGAUUUCUUUGUAUCCACAUUGAUUAUAAGAUUACAAAGUUUCAGUUAUUUUUGACACUUAUUUGAAACACUCAUAUAUAUUUUGUCGCAAUAUGUGAGAAAUAAUUCGGUUUAGUGUGUGUAUCAAACGAGACGAUCAAUAGAUAAUUAAUAUAAAAUAUGUAAUGAUUAUGAGUAAAGCCAAACAUAUAUGUACAAUAAGAAAAUGCCUUUCAUGAUUUGACCGCCCAUUGCUUUACAGCGUGAUAAGUAUUUUUAUUCUUACGAAUUCUAUCGCAUAGCAAGUUUUAUUAUUUUGCAAAUAUUUAAAAUGCAUUCUUAUUAUAUGUAACUUACUAUUCGCCCGAUUUUAUUUCGUUCUAAUAUUGAGUUGGGUUUGAAAAUGUCUGAAUAUUCACAAAUUAGUGCACAAGACAUAAAUAUAUUGUGGCGUAAGUAGUGAUAUAUGUAUAUUACCAUUAUAUACACUCGUAUAUAUAUUAAAUUAAGACGUGUCUUUACUUCCUUAAUAUACCAGUGUGUGUGCCUAUAUAAUGAAAUGACGUAAUCUUAAGCCAUGUAGAUGAUUUUCCCAAGACUUCUAAAGUAUCAAAUGUAGGAUUUUAAUAAGCUAUUACAAUCAGGGUUUUAAAAAACAUUUUGUUAAGCUAGUUAUUUGUUUAAUAUUGUUUUACAUGGUUACAUCCAACGUGUUAGCAAUUUAUUUAUGACUCCUAUUGAAAUUCCUUAUUGUAAUUAAAUAGUAUUAACCGACCGGUUUUAAUUUCGACUGUGGUCCAGAUUUAAAAUUAAACAGUCCCUCGCGUCAUACAAGGUACAUUAAUAACACUAAUAGGAGAUAAGCCAGCCAACGAACAACGACACUAACUAAAAGAAUAUACAUUUUUUGAAUUAGAUUUACUUUAAGAUCAAUUCAAACGGAUAUUAUCAUUACUUGAAGACAAGCUUCUUAAAGUAGGAGCUAAAUAAUAUAGAGUGGAAUUGAUAUUAUAGCGUUAUAGUUGAAAUUCUUUGUGGGUUCAUUCCUAUGUAUUAUUCUUUUAUAUACAUCGAGUUUUGUGCUUUUUCCACUCAUUGCAAGAUGUAUCAUUGCUGGAAAUUGAUGUGACCAGUUUUAAUAUUUAUAUAACAUUGUAUACUAAAUAUGUAUUAUUGUACAUUUUUAUAUAGUAACGUAAUAUUGUCAAUUAAAUACGCACGUGUGUGUAAAGAUUGUAUUAAAUUUUAAUUAGAUAGUGAUCAGUUUUCCGGAAAUUGUCGUUCGGACUAACAAAUACACUAUUCGGGUUAAUUUAUUCUUGUACCUAUAAUUUCAGGCGUGUAUUUCAUGAUCUGUAUAUGUUGCAGUUAUAGCGGGUGUGGUCAAAAGGCGCUCUCCUCAGUUAGACCUAGUCGUGAUAAAGGCAUAUGGUUACAAUUAGUUCUAACCAGGGGAAACUCGUCCUAACGGUUUUCUCAUUCUGCGUUGAAAUAUUUUGAUCAUUUCAUACGCGAAUAGUAUGCAUUGUUUUAUAUGAUAAUGUAAUUUUAUACACACGCUUUAUUUCUAUAUGUAAGAAGCG